AUGUCUUUAAUACCAUUCAAUUUUGAUCCUGACAUCGAAGGUAUAGACCGUUACUUACAAGAAGAUGAUGACAAUUCUGUGGCUGUUAAUUAUGAAGGUAGAUUAAAUAAUUCCAAUUGGUGUUCUUGUGGAUACUGUAAAGGCAUGCUUAAAUUAAUAAAAAAAAAAUUGGGUCAACAUCAUCCAGAAAAUAAAAUGUGGAGAUUUAUUUGUUAUAAACAGUAUACGUCUUGGGUCAAUUCUUGGAUUUCUAUUGGAAAAGGAAACCGAGUGGUUUUGCCUGCAUGUGUUGUACAGAAAAUAAGAGAAGAAUAUCCAGAACCAAAUGGAAUAUACGUAGGAUUCAAAAAUUCAAAAAAAUUACCGGCUUAA